AUGAGCUCGUGUUCAGAUGAGAUCUCUGAUUCUCCAGAGUUGGCCGUAGAGCCAAAACUUAUUUUUUCCUCUGGUUUUGCCAAUAUCAGAGACACCGUCGUUGACCCGAGUCCUACAGCUACUGCGGGUCGCCUCCGACUCGUAGACAUGGGCACUUUUUUGAAUGAUCGCCGCCUCGAUAUUUACGAAUACCACUCCAGCCUGAGCUGUAGUGCCUACGUCGUUGUGUCUUACGUCUGGAAAGGCAAUCUGCUUGUUGCAGAUCCGUCCAGACCUUCGUAUUGGGUCGAAGAGCUUGGCGCUUUCUCCGUCAAAGGCGCUGAGGAUGGUGACCCUAUCAGUCUUGACGUCCUCCACCACAUAUGCUCUGCUGCACUUUCAUGCCAGUACAGCGGGUCGCACCUCUGGCUCGAUCGCCUCUGCAUUGUCCAGACAUCCAAGAAAGACAAGGCAUGGCAGAUCAGAGAGAUGUUCGAUAUCUACAAGCGCUGUAAGAUCUGCUGCGUACUGCCUGGAGGUAUGCAGCGGUUGGUCAGUCUUGAAGAAGAGACCACAUGGAUCGAGCGGGCAUGGACGCUCCAGGAGGUGAUCGUCCCGUAUAGAUCUAUCGUCCUUUUC